CUAACAGACAGGGACAUUAUGGGUGUUUAACAGAACGUGAAGAAUUUCCAUGUUGGGAAAGUGAUAAGCCUGAGAUUUCUUGAUUAGUUCUGAGACGUGAUCAAACUUGUAAGCAUCAGUUUUUUCCCGUUAAAAAAGGGUUGGGUCUUCGUUUCUGCACGGGAACUCGGCAGAAAGAGGAUCAUUUCUGCUUCUCUCGCAAAGUUUGAGACAAACACAACGAUGGCUGCUGUGCUGCUGUGGCUCUUCAGCCUUGGAGCUUUGCUUUAUUCUUCUGGAGCUCAGAAAAAUUACGACGAUCUGCCCGAAACCUACAGGAAAGGGGUGGAUUUGGCCCUGAAGAUGGUCAACUCCCUCGCUAGUGUUCAGCAUCACUUUCUCUUCUACAAAAGUGUUGAAAAGUCAGCGACCGAGCCUGGUUUUGAUGUGAGCUACAUCCUCCACCACUUUCUACUAAGAGCGACCAGGUGCCAGAAAGGAACCGUGGAGACUGCAGGAUGCCAGUUCAGAGACGACAGACCUCCAAUCGACUGCACAGUCUGUUACAAAACAUACAGAGGAGAGAUUGAACCAGAGCCCAAGCCGUACGUUCACUGCAUCCAGAAACCGGCCCUGACAGUGGGGAUGAUGAACUCCAGGAGAAUGCAAUGCAGUGCUGUGGGAUGCAACAGCGGGGCCAUAACGCUUCUAUCAUCAAUCGGAAAUGAAUAAUAGUCCGUUUACAGAUUUGCAAACUUCUCUUUACUCGAUUAUUUAACAGCUUGUCCUGUUAUGUUUGAAAUCUACAUAAUCUUGAACAGUUUAAUAAAACAAUGAUAAAGCUAAUGAUUUUAUAUAAAUAAUAAAAAUUUUAUGAGCUUUUGUUUUCAUACUUGCUUGUUUCAUUUGUAAAAUGUAUUUUAAGCAUCUUUUCCUUAUUAAAAGUGCAUCAGCAGCAGUG